ACUUGAUAUGACCUCGCUGAAUUUAUCUCCUUCUAACGAUUUAUAUCCAGAGAUGCGGGCGAGACUCUUGCCAGCUUCAAAGCAUCGUCGCGCCCUCUACCGAAUUUCUAGAUACAAUUUAAUUUUCUGAUAAGACCAGACGGACACGGUUAAAAACCGGACGGAAGAUACGGAAUUGGGGAAACGGAGUAGAUAAUACAAAUAAGAUGUCUAAUUUCAAAGAGGAGACGAUAUGGUCAAAUAUAGCAUUACGAAUAUUAGUAAACACCGCAUCGCACCCUUUAGAAUAUGCCAAAGUUUUGAUACAGAUUGGCUACGAACCUAUUCCACCUCGACCAACGAUCACUGUUUUUGGCAAACCAGCGCUAGCACUGCCCAACAUUUUCCAGUAUGUUAAGUACAUCAAGACUGUUGAUGGUUAUGCUGGUUGUUAUCGCGGACUCGUUCCCAAGCUCUGUGCAAAUGCCAUCAGUGCCCUUGCAUUUCAGAAGACUUCUGAGAAUAUAACAUUCGCUAACGAACCUGAUAAGCAGAUAGAUGAAGAUGAUUUAUCAGACAGUGAGAGGCGAAUUAGGUGCAUCAACGAACUUCUUCGAGACUUAGCCAGUAGAAUAGCUGCCAUUGUCGUUAGUCAUCCCUUCGACGUAAUUACACUCAGAAUGAUGGCACAGUUUGUUGGAGGUGAAACUAAGUAUAAUGGACUGGUGAGGUCUAUAAUUCAGAUCUACAGACAGAACGGAAUAUCCGGCUACUUUGCUGGCUUGGUGCCGCGUCUAAUUGGAAAUAUUGCAUCGCUAAUACUGGCUAGCACGGCUACCUACGCUAUUAACAAGUACAUUAUUCAGGAUAGAGAAAUGCGAAGCUACACUGCAGCAAGCAUGACGUUUGUUGCAAGUGCCAUAACGUACCCAUUCUUGGUUGUUUCUCACUGUAUGGCCGUAAAUGAUUGUGGAUUGGCGGCUGGUUACCCACCGCAAAUGCCGCUCUAUGGAAGCUGGAUACAUUGUUGGGCUCACCUAGCUGCAAAUAACCAGCUAAAACGUGGUAAUAGCGUUUUAUGGCGCUAUUAUACUGGACCAUUUAUAAUUAUAAAUGGCACUGCGGUAUAUGUAAAUAAGGAUAAUUUUCACUCAUAAAAUGUGCAGUGAUAGAUGUACUGGAUAUUGAAAUGUCAGUAACAUAUUUUAAGAAAAAUUAUUCAGAACUGCCUGACAUUGACUUGAAAUUAUUGUAUAGUGAGGAAUUUUGUGUAUGUUAUGCUGUAAUGUUCAUAUAUUUAUUAGACAAAUAUAUUAGGUAUCUCUUUAAAUCAACGAUAACCAUUUUAUACAGUUGUUUUUGCCAGUUCUACAGUGUUAGGUCAAACCUGUAUAAAAUAGGAGCAUUUCAAGUAAAGAGAGUCUAUUAAAAAUCUGUAGAAACUUAAACAAAAUUUUUUGAUACACAAAAGGAACAGUCUUAAUAGAGAUUUCUUAAUUUUCGCGGCUCUUACUGAUUGACCAAUUUGUUUAAACGAGGGGCACGAGGAAAUCGAAGGGAUUUAAACUGAACAAUUUCUUUUAUUAAAAAAGCUUAUCCUACUACUUUAUUCAACAUUUCUUCACUUAAACAAAAUAAUAAUGUGAAUGAUACAUUUUCUCGAGCAAAAUAUUUGUGUGUAUAUGUAAUACAAAUUUUGCAUAUUCUUUUCCUUCAAUUUUAUAUUAUUUCUUGUUAAAUUUUCUUCUUCCAAGUGUCGAACAAAAUUAGCGACAAGUCAAUAAUUAAUUAUAUACUUUUUAAAGCAUUCGGAAACAUUAAAUUCUUCUUUAUACAUAAUGUAUAACAUAUUUUUCUUCCUAGUUUAACGAGUAAUUAAUUGUAAGUAAUAAUUUAUCGCCAUACUCAAAAGCAUUUUAUUAUAGGUAUCUGGUUAUAUCUAUAUUCUAUAUACUAAACAUUUAUAAAAAUUGGUUAAUCUUUAUUGCCUAAGCUUUUCAAAGUACAAUAUACAGUGGUUUGAUAAGAUUCACGUGGGUUAAAUUUCUGUAUGAAAAUAAUGAAUUCGGAGAUCAGAAAAUGCGUAAAAAAUACUAGAAGUUGUAUAAAAACUAAAUCAUGGUCUAGUCGGAACGUUAAUUAAUGAAAUUUCCCUACUGGUCGAGCCACGAUUUCUUCUACGUUUAUCUGUAAAAAUAUAUAGCGACGAAUAUUGAGCAAUGAUUCUAAGAUAUGAACAUACUAAAAAAGUACAUACGUGAAUCGAUGAAAGACAAUUUUUAAUUAGGCAAAAUAAAACGAAAAAUCUUUUUUUUUACGAUGUUUAUGUAACUUUAAAAUCAGAUCUGACACUAUCUUGCAGUUGUAACAACACAGUAUUGAUGCCAAUAUCGAAUAUAUCGUAGAAUAUUGUUGUAAUAUGCAAGAAUUGUGUGUUCAUACAUUACAUAUGUACAUAAAUGCAUGAAUUAUCCGUACAUAUAAUUGAUAUCGAUGAAUUAACAUCAAAAGCUGAAAUUUUAGGCCAAAAAAAUUUCAUGUACCUACCAUGUUGUCUGUGAAACAGAAUAUUCUAGUAGCAGCGAAAAGCAUUACCUGGCUAAAUACUUGACAAACGUAAAAAGUGUGUGUUCUCAGUACGUCGAUCUAUUUUUAAAGACUCUAUUAGAAUGCUACCUUUUUUAUUGUCUAUUCAGAGCUUUCGAUAUGAUAAUUUGUUGACAUCUUUGAAUCCUAGGUGUCGGAUAUUUUUGGUUUUUGUGUUUUUUUUUAUUCUGUACAGUGUUAAUAUCCGAAACAUAAUACAUUUACGUUUAAAGUUUAUAAUCUUUCAUGACAAUCAGGAAUAGAGCUCAAUUGUACCGUCAAGGAAAAGAGUAUACGACGGUAUCGGGGUAGAAAAGAAACGAUGAAUAUUCGCCGAGAUACAUGUACAAGAAUUAUCAACUACACUCCAGUAUUGUAUCUAUAUUAAAUAUGAGCUAGUACAUGUGCAAUUUUUGCAGUAAAACACGAGACUAAUUUCUUAGUUUAUUAACCGUGUCGACAUAAAGAUAGAGUCUUAUACAUUGAUCUAUUUAUUGCUAUUGCUAUCAGAGAAGGAUGAAUUUAUAUUUCAUAAUAUCUAACACAUAUUCAAAUCGAAUAUCGAGUAAUAAUCAGCUGUUAAUGGGUUUCACAUAGUGACGAAUCGGAACUGGUACAAAAAAAAAAGGAAACGAAACAUACAUACAUA